CAAAACAAAGCGUGGACCCGCCGGCCGCACGGAAGUGGUUUUGUGUCGGUGGUUACCCACAACUGUCAGAAAUGAGGGCUGCUAUACAUACAAAAUUCAGCUAGCUCUGUUGAAAGUGUUUUUAUUUUAUUUAUUAUUUAUCCACAGUGUGUGAUUAUUUGUCUGUUUGUAUUGUUUAUCAUAUAUAUCGGCUGAAGCACAGCUAGCCUGUUAUCUAGCAGCCAUGCCGCCCUACUCUGAACUGAGGAAAACCAACCACUUCUACUACUUCAUCAAGUUUACCUUAAAUAUCUAUUCAAUGCUCUUCUCGCUGAUGGGACUCUGUGUACUGUGUGUUGGGGUGUACGCUGAGGUGGAGAGGCAGAAGAAUCGAACCCUUGAGGGCCUCUUUCUGGCUCCUGCUGUGGUGCUCAUCCUGCUGGGCCUGGUGAUGUUUACAGUGUCGUUGGUGGGGAUGGUUGGAUCUCUGCGGGACAACAAGACCCUGCUGCACAUGUUCCUCUGUGUUCUCUGUGUCCUGCUGCUCCUCCAGGCCAUCGCCCUCACCACAGCUCUCAUCUUUGAAAAGAAGACGUCUGCCUUGUUUCAGAGCAGCAUAAAAGAAGGAAUCAAACACUACUACGACGACCUGGACUUUAAGAACAUCCUGGACUACGUGCAACAAAAGUUUUCAUGUUGUGGAGGAGACGAGUACAAGGACUGGGAGGUCAAUCAGUAUCAUUUCUGCAAUGGUACCGGUCCACUAGCCUGCGGGGUACCGUACACCUGUUGUGUUCGCCGUAAGGUGGGAGAGGUCAUCAACACUCUGUGUGGUUACAAUACUCUGAGUCAGCAGCGUGAAACUCUGCACGAGCUCAUCCAUGUGCGAGGCUGCAUCCACGCCGUCAACCUCUGGAUGAGCGACAACAUCGGGAUAACAGUCGCUCUGUGCUGCGCCAUCGGGCUGCCUCAGCUGCUGGGAAUCAUCCUGAGCUGCGUCUUCUGGAAUCUUCUGGUGGACAUGAGCGAGUCGGCUGACAUGGUGGACUUCAAGCUGAAGAAACUGGAGGUGAACUACAGCGAGCUGGACUUGGCCGGGGCCGGCUGGUGCAUGUGUCUGCCGAGGGAUGGCGGCUACUUGCCGGUCCCCGCCGCCGAGCCGGACCUCGACCCCAUUGACAUUCACCUACAGAAGCUGAAAAAGCAGCCGACUCGCACGCACGCUCAGCUCCGGGAAAUGCAGCAGUCGCGCUCAGCCACCGGGCUGGACGAGGUAGAUGUGGGACGCAAACUGAAAAGGGAACACUAAGCAGUCUUUUGGCACGUUCUUGCCUUUGGGUUUUUGCCUUUUUUUUCAUCGUAAUGAAGUUUUGAGUUGUGGUGCAUUAUAUUAUGGUUGCACAUGUAAGUAAUUGGAACAAAAGACAUCCGGUCUACUGAGGACUUCAGAGUUAUUUGGCACUUGGGGCCAGAUGUGCAACAUGUGUAACACUGGACUUUCUAAAAAGAAUCGUGUCUUGUUUGUGAUGGUGGAUAUUCUACGAUUAAUGGCAUUAAAUCACAUUUUAUUUAUUUAUUUUUUAGCCUAUGAAAUUUAGAAGAGUCUCAUGUGCUAAAGCUUACCUCAGGCUGUUUUGAAAACAGCCCAGUAGUCCGAGCACAGUACUGUGUGGUGUAUAAAGUAAUGGUAGCUUGAUGACGUUUAAAGUGUCUGAGAAAUAGGAUUAGCCGAGUUUGUCUUGAGUGUAGCAUCUGUGUCAGAUGUGUACAAUUUGUGCUUUUUUUUUUUUUUUUUACUGAUUUGAUUUUGUGCAACCGGUGUACAUUGUAAGACUGAUAGUUGUUGAUAACAAGGGAUGCAUGUUUUGUA